GCGGCAUGGCGGAGGCACCACCCUCUCCAAGCCUCGCCCCCUCUGCCUCUCUCCAAACCUCCUCGCCCCCUCUGCCUCUGCAGGCCUCAGCCCGGGCGCAGGUGGUACUGCGCGUUCCGUGUCCCUGAAGCGAGUCCGCAGCGAUAGCGAGUUGGGCAAGCAAACAUCAACAAUGGGAGGAGAUGAUGCGAGCGCCGGAGGUACAGCCGCCAUGGCGUCCUUGGAGCGUGUUCGCAGGAACAGCGAGUCGGAAAAGUGGAGGUGCGGGAGCAAUUGACAGCAGCAACAGGAGAGGAUGGGUGCGCUGAGGUCAACAAAUCCGCGACGGCGGGCGGCGUCCUCUAAUCGUCUCCGCAGCAGCAGCAGCGAGAUGAACAAGGACGGGGAGCAGGACAGUACGGUGCUCGACCUGGCCGCCGCAAGGGGAGAGGCGGCGUGCGCCGGGGUCGCCUUGGCCGCCGCCGCGACAGAGAUGAAUGGGGAGAUGACCCCGCAGAGCUAUUCUCCAUGGCAGGUCUUCAAUCUGGAUUGGGGCAUUACGGUGUUCUCCCACCUCCCCUUCCCAACAGACCGCAUCCAUUUGUCGUGUGUGAACAAGCACUGGAACGGUAUUUUCGCUAACCACUGCCGACCCCUUCCAGUUCCACGUCAGCUUCCCUGGCUUGUGCUCCCUUCCUUUUCGGAUCAGCCUCUCUUUCAUGCCACACUUGGCGGAAACACACAUGUCCUCGGGCUCCCAAGUUAUAUCAGACAGAAUGGUAGAUUCUGCGGGUCCUUUCCUGGGGGGUGGUUGUUUGUUACAGUCGAUGGGGACAACCUGCUGUUCAACAUCUGUACAAGGCAGAGGAUAGAGCUUCCAACGCUCAUGGAGAGGAGGGUGGAGGGGGAGAGCGAGAUGCUCUGUGUUCGGGUCGAAGCGGCAGUUCUAUCGGGUCCUCCAGCCCCACCCUACACCGUUGGAGCAGUUGUAAAAGCAGAGGAGAAUAAUACUGACUGGAUUGCCUAUUGGAAUCCCUCCAAACUGUACUGGACAGAGGUGGCUCCAGCAGUUGCGACUGGGAAAGAGGCUCGAGGGCUUGGAGUUAAGGAUAUUGCAUACCACCAAGGCACCUUCCACUUCCUAUCUGAUGAUGAGAGUGUGCACAAGCCCGUCCUGCCUCUAAUCAACUCAAUGAGGGCAAGCAUGCUGACCGUCAAAGUUGCCCAACGAGAUGAUUUCUUACAUGACGCACAAGAAAACGAGAGAAAGAUUACUCGGAGGUACUUGGUUGACACUGGAGAACAACUGUUGAUGAUAAUCAAGUACAGUCACAGCUGCGUCCCCACUGUUCCAACAGCAGUCAUACGUUUGUUCAGGCUGGUAGACGAGGAGUCUGAUUAUGAUUCCGAUGAUCCUUGCUACGAAGUAAAGCUCAAAUGGGAAGAAGACACCGAUGACUGGAGGACACCUGGUAGGCAGCUCAUCUUCAUUGGUCCUGCUUGUUCACGAGUGUUUGAUGGCAGGAAUUUUGAUGAACUCGAUGCCAAGAUCUUCUUCUAUGACGAUCGCCAUGUCAAAGAAAAUGAUCGCUAUGUUCGUGAUGACAUGGGAACAAUCACUCCGAUCGAUCUCAUACUGAAGAAAUGGCCCCCAGCCAACGGCAAGUCAAUCGAGCCGACGUCAGACCGCUUCCCACCAAUCUGGUGGUACCAUUGAGUUCACAGCAUGGCGACGAUUUCAUUGUGUAGACCUGUUUUCUUAUGUCAAGCAUGUAAUAAGCCAAUGCUUUCUUGCGCAGGAGUAGUACAGUUGAGAAAAAUGGCACCACGUACACGGUGUUGAAAAAUUACAGCAGCUACUAUGUUACUUGUUCAGUUUUAGAUAUGACAUCUGUAGACCUGUUUUCUUAUGUCAAGCAUGUAAUAAGCCAAUGCUUUCUUGUGUAGGAGUAA